AUGUUCGCAGGAAAUUCUGCCCCGAAUUCUCGCACAACUAGUAUUCGCGUGCGACCAAAGCAAAGAGCCAGUCAUACCAAGUCCCGAAAUGGCUGCUAUACGUGUAAGCAGCGUCGAGUCAAGUGUGACGAAAACAGACCGGUUUGUGGCGCCUGCUCGCUGAGGAGCAGUCAUUGUUCCUAUCCCAGCCGACCGCGGAACUCUCCCAAUAGACAAAUUGGAACGCAAUCAGAACCCCGAUCGGAAGGUCCAUCUGAGCCAGCUACAGUUUCUGGUCUUGAUAGUACAUGGCCACGAGCAUUUAGAUGCUCAAUAUCUGGCCCGCCGCGACCGGUGGAGCCCAAGGAUGCCCCUACAACGCUCGGUACAGGAGCCAGCCAUGACAGCGGUGCUAUUAACAUGACCGAUCUGAAACUCUUGCAGCAUUUCAUGUCAAAUAUCUCAGAGCAGUUAUCUUUCAGCCCUGGCAAGACGCGUGCUUGGAAGACAAUCAUUCCGGAGAUCGCGGCGGAGAAUGAGUAUAUCAUGCACCUUAUUUUGGCAUUGACAGGCCUCGAUAUGCUUUGUGAAGACAGCCCGAAGUUCCAGCCCGAUUCAAAUUUAUUAGAGUCUCAUGGCUCUCCGGGUACUCAGCAAAAUGCGGACAAUAGUUCCGGAAGCAAUGAUCGCUACUUACACACUGUGAUCGAGCAUCAUCAAAAGGGUAUCCAAGGGUUCAUGGGGGAUUUGGAAAACUUGUCUGAAUCAAACGCAGAGACUGUUUUUGCUGGGUCUUUGCUUCUGGUGGCCUUCGCAUUUGCGUCUCUUCGCGUGAAAAAUUUGGACCUCACAGUCAAUGAGCCAGAAUCCGAUACGGGAGUCACAAACCAUGAGACUCCCUCUUCUGACUCCACGAUGACAUUGAAUAAACCUCGCCUUGACUGGCUAUACCUUGUCCGGGGGCUGACCUCUGUUGUUGAGCAACAGUGGACUAAGCUUCGAACCGGUCCACUAAGGCAGAUGCUGAUAUUUAGCAAUGCCAAAGAUGGAGAAGUCUUGGGCAAUAUCGUGGAAAUUGUCCCAGAAAAUCUACCCAACCGAAUGGCUUGUUUCGCUAAAGAAGCCCAUCAAUCGGUCACCAGACUGAAAGCAUUUUCCAGAACGUUGAAGUCGAUGGUACCCCCAGCUGAGAAUGACUCGGAUACCCAGUCAGAAGAACUUCGAGAACAGACUGCAAUGCCACUCAACGAACCCGAAUUCAUAGAGGAACAAGAGUCCACCAUCGGCUUACUUGAUUCAAUGUAUAGUCGAAUCAAAGCCGUGCUUGUCUUCUCAGAUGGCGGUACUAAUGGCUCUGCACAUGCAGGUUUGCAAAGGGAGCUUGAGGACGCCGCAAUCAUGGGAUGGCCACACAUGUUCUCACCAGGGUUCAUUAGCUCGUUAGAAUCAAGGGAAGGGGCCGAAAUUCUUCGAUGCCAUUCUUUUGUUAUUCUGGCUCACUUCUAUAUUAUUGGGACCUUGUUUGAAACGUUAUGGUAUGCUACAGGCAGCUUUGAACGCGAGAUUAUGAAGAUUCAUGAUCUAGCUCAAAGUACCGGAGACAGUCGAUUGGUAUCUUUGAUGCAUAUGCCCAUGGAAGUUAUCGCUGCUCGGAGCGGAGAUAAAUUCUUGAGAAGGGGAUGA